AUGUCCUCCGCCGACGGUGCUGCUGGCCUGAGUGGCGAAAGCUCGGGCGGCAUUCUGAAGAUCAACUACGGCGAGCCAGGAGGACCGGAGACGACGGUGGUGGCGAACCAGCCGAUUGCCAUACUGGAGAAUGGUAGGACGUUGCAGAUUCCGCCCCACCUCUCCAUCAACGGCAUCAACGUGGAGCAGCUGCUGAUGCAGGCGAAUCAGCAGCAGCAGCAGCACCUUCAUCAGAUUCAACAGCAGCCUCAGUUACCUCCUCGAAGUCAGCAGCAGCAGCAGCAGAUUUCACAGCAACUUCCUCAGCAGCAGCAACAGCAACAGCAGCAGGUGCACAUCCAGGUCGCCGACUACAGCAGCCUGGUGAACCUCAGCAACUCGGGCCCUGUCCCCAAUAACAACAACAACAACAGCAACUCGGUGACGGCCAUUCAGGUGCAAAACUCCUCUGCCCUGCCGGCAGUACUUCGUCGCAAGACCAACCCGCCGGUUCUACUUCAGCAGCAGCAGCAGCAACAACACCAACAAAACGCCAUCAAACUGAUGCCUACUUCACAACAGCAGCAGCUGCACCUCAACUCAAUGAGCACCACCGAAGUGGUGCGCGAUCUGCGGAUGAUGGCCCCUGCGGCGGUGGUGCCCAUCACCAGCACACUGCAAACCCUGCAGCAGGUCCCUCCCUGCCAGUCGCCGCAGAACUUGGAGGCGGAAAACUUGAUCAUCACAAGUAGCAGUUCUCUUCAGCAGCAACAACAGCAACAGCAACAACAGCUUCUCACCUCAAUUUCCUCAACGGCCAAUUCAAUGCUUGGAAGAGGCGGUGGCGGAGGCGGAGGAGGAGGCAGCGACCAAAAUCACGGCAAGGGCAAGUCCAUCCUCCUUUGGCUGUCGCGCUUCUACAACAAGGGCCUCUUUGAGAGUCUCAACUUUGAGCAGAUUUUUGACGUUCCUCCGCUUGACCCUGAUGCGACCACGUCUUCAGCAGGGGAUAGGACCCCCAUACAAAUGCCUUCCAAGAAGGACCACAUUCUCGCUAAAAGCAAACAGCAGCAGCAACAACAACAACAACAACAAAACUCGCCGGCAGUGAUCCUCAACGGCGGCGGCAACGGUGCUCCACAGCCUCCUUCAACUCAUCCUUCCACUUCCUCCGGCUCUCACAGCGCUUCCAAUCCUACUCAGCAGCCAAACGGCGGCGCCACCCCUCACGAUCUACUGCUCAAG